CUGCCAUAUAUAUUGGGGUGUCCAACUUUUUCUCUGUUACACUGUGUGUGUGGUUGUGGGCCAGGUUGGACGGCAUCCAGUGGGCAAACAUGUCGCAGUACUCCGGAAAGAUCACCUUCUACGAGGGCAAAUGUUUCACCGGCAGGAAGCUGGAGGUCAGAGGUGACUGCGAUAACUUCCAGGACCGAGGCUUCAUGAACAGGGUGAACUCCAUCCGAGUGGAGAGCGGAGCCUGGAUCUGCUACGACCACCCAGAUUUCAAGGGCCAGCAGUACAUCCUGGAGCACGGAGAGUACCCAGAGUUCCAGAGGUGGAACUCCCACAACGACCACAUGGGAUCCUGCAAACCCAUCCGCAUGCACGGGGAGCACUACCGCAUCGAGCUGUUCGAGGGCUGUAACUUCUCCGGUCAGUGCGUGGAGAUCUGCGACGACUGCCCCUUCCUGCAGAGCCGCGGAUUCUCCAAGAGCUGCAUCAACUCGGUCAAGGUCUACGGAGACGGAGCCUGGGUCAUGUACGAGGAGCCGAACUUCCGCGGCCGCAUGUACAUCGUGGAGCGCGGAGACUACUGCAGCCAUAACGAGUGGCAGGCCCAGAACCCCAACAUCCAGUCCAUCCGCAGAAUCGUCAACUACUUCUAAACCCGACCCCCUCUCACUCAUGUACAAUAAAUAAACCACGACUAGAAAAAGAAACAGGUUUUUUUAUCAAACA